AUGUGGACACUGAAAUGGUUCUUGUUCUUGCCUCUGUGCUUUUCCUGCACCUACACCUUCAUGUUUUCCUCUCUGAGCAACAAAGCCAAAGAACCCCAGGGGAAGGUGCCCCAUGAAGGGCACUUUCGGAUCAGGCAGGGACGACCGGAGCAGUCCCAAGGCUGGCUUGGGAGCAUAUGGCUCUGGCUUUUCUUUGUUAUGCUGUACGUGAUACUGAAAUUUCUAGGAAAGAGUGAGAACAGUAAGGAGCUGAAUCCUCGUGACCUUGGAGGCUGUUCAUUACACUCUCCACUAAAGAAAGAUCAAAACGCUUCUCCCAGUCAAAGCCAUGCAUUCAACACCCUAACCGAGCUCGAGACGGACCUUAUCAAAUUAGUGUCCAAAGUGCGGAAUCUGAGAGUCGACAUGGCAGCUGGCAGUGACCCCGAGCUGCAGAACUUGGAGAUGCCUGAAAACCCACACAAUGUUACCAUUUAUGACAUAUGGUGUGAAGAAGACUGUGAUUGAAUGGAUUCGGGUAUCCAAGUAGGAGAGAAAAAAGGUUGAGUGUUGACAGACUAAUAAAAGUAUUCUGAAGAAAAAGAA